AUGUCCUCCGCAGCUCGCGGCUACUUUUUUCCCCGGCCUGGCCCCAGCAGGCAGGGCGCGGUUUGUUUUGUGUACGCUCUAGCCGCGCCUUGUGCACAUCGUGUCAACAUCACGUGCUAUGUUGGGGAGGCGUUGACCGAUGAACAUGGCACGCGUGCUCCCCAGUUUUUCCGGAGGCCCGUGUCGCGGGCCCUCAGCGUCCACGUGCCGAGCUUUUCCGCGCCUCCCGCCCUGCGGAGCGGAGCGACAUGCUGCCCGCUUGCAAGGCACAGCGCGUCGUGCAAACAUGGAAAAGGGGAUGCGUUCGCAGAUGCAUUUUGUUGUACAGCUCGGAGCUCGGUGAGUACCCUGGCACACACGCGCGCCAGGCCUCUCCUUCGAGCCGCCGGCCCCUCCCUGGGAGAUCCCGCGGAGACCUCCAGAGGCAGAGCUCGCACCAGCACAGGAUGA